AGGGCAGGGGGAGGCAGCGGCGCCAGAGGCCGAAGCCUUGGUGUUUCCUGCCGCCCCCGCAGCCUCUCCCCCGUGCUCCGUGCUUGCCGAUCUCAGGCAUCAUCGGUGCUCCGCCGCUUCGGAUAUAAAGGCGCCGUGGGGGGUUGGCACCGGCUGGAUGCGAUGCGGAUGCAGAUGCAGCACAAGGAACACACUGUAACGGUCGAGGAAGGGAGUGAGGAGCUGAGGAUGGAGGGGCAGUUGCUGGCGAGGAUGAGGAGGAGGGACCACCUGCUGCUCCCGGACAGCGCCGGGGCGGCCGGGCCGCUGGCGGUGCUGUCGCCGCAGACGCCGCUGGAGCCCAUGGAGUUCCUGUCGCGGUCCUGGAGCGUGUCGGCCUCGGAGAUCUCCAAGGUGCUGGCCGGCGGCGUCGGCGGCGGGAGGCGGAGCUCCAACUUCGUCGUCGACCGCCUGUCCGGGAUGCUCAUGCCGGAGACGCUCGCGCUCGCCGCCGCCUCCGGCACUACCAUCAGCCCCCGCAAGCGCACCCUCAGGAGCAGGAGCGCCAUCUCCGCGCACCAGGUCCACCACUCGGUCCAUCACACGGUCCACACGAUCGGGAAGUGGUUCCAACACUGGGACUCGAGCACCCGGGUGGACAAGGCCCGCGCCGAGCGGGCGCGCGUGCACGCCGCGGUAUCGGUGGCGAGCGUGGCGGCCGCGGUCGCCGCCGUGGUGGCAGCUGGCGCCGCGGGCUCGGGCGCGGACGUCGAGGGCGCCAGGAUGGAGACCGCGCUGGCGUCCGCGACGCAGCUGCUGGCGUCGCACUGCGUCGAGAUCGCCGAGCUCGCGGGCGCCGACCACGACCAGGUGGCCUCCGCCGUGGAGGCCGCCGUCGACGUGCGGAGCCCCGGGGACCUCCUGACCCUCACCGCCGCCGCGGCCACGGCCCUCGGGGGAGCCACGGCGAUGAGGCACCGAGCGCAGCGGGAGGCGAGGAGCAGAGCCGCUGUGGCGCCGUACGAGACGAAGGCCGGGAGCCACCGCGCGGACGUCUGGUGCAAGGAAGGGGCGCUCCUCAAACGCAGCCGCAAAGGCGCCCUGCACUGGAAGCAGGUGGCCGUGUACAUCAACAGCAAGUCGCAGGUGAUCGUGAAGCUCAAGAGCAAGCACAUCGGCGGCGCGUUCUCCAAGAAGAAGAAGGGCGUCGUGUACGGCGUCUACGACGACAUCCCGGCGUGGCCGGCGCACGCGGGCGGCGGCGCGCCAGGCUCGGCGGCAGAGGCGUGCCACUUCGGGCUGAGGACGGCGCAGGGCCUGCUGGAGUUCCAGUGCGAGAGCAGGGCGCAGAGGCAGGACUGGGUGGAGGCGGUGAAGAACCUGAUCCGGCAGGUGGCCGGCGGGACUGCUCAGCUCGAGCACUCGUUCGAAGCGCUCAGGCUCAGCUCGUCCUAAGUUUGGACGUGGCUGUCUGGUCUGGUGUGUAAAUACUAUGCACCCGUUUGGGUUUGUCCACUCGGUUUUAUCGCUGGGAGCAACCGAGGUGCGCUUUGCAGAAUAAUGUGCAGAACUGUAUGCAGUAGAUAAACGUUAAUCUCAAGAACCCAAUCUAU